AUGCCUUUAUCUGAUACACAAGUUUUUACUGCUCUUUUCGUAGCACUUAUUACUGGUAUUCUUUCCCUCCGUCUUGGAACUCAACUUUACAAGUAA